AUGAUGUCGAAAUUUUACGAAAGACGUCAUAGCCCCCAGAAAGACGAGAAGUAUACAAACUAUGCUAUGGCAUAUUUCCGGAAAGAGCUUGAGGAGAGUAACCAGUACCUUGUGACUCCUCAAGAGCGCGAGAAUAUGGUAGCUCUAGCAUACCGAGCAAACCCAGGGGACCAGAAUACUCGCCUCGUCCAGCUCAAAGCUCAGAAAUGCUCCUGUCUCGCUUUCCAGGAUCACAAAAUUCCUUGUAGACAUGCGAUUGCCGUUUGUCGGUUCUUUAAUACUAAACCCGAGAAGUAUAUUGCCAAGUUUUACGAGAUAUCUGAGUACCGUGAGCAGUAUAGAUACUCUCUGUUACCGGUUUUACUGGACGAUCUCGAACCUGAUGGAGUUACAAAGCCACCUCCUUAUGCUCCCUCGCGAGGUCGUCCGGUCCAGAAAAGGAUGAAGCGAAGGACCCGGGAGACAGAGGCCCGGAGACUUGGAAAUCUAGCAUCACCAAACUGUCGGAAGGAGCAACAGGAUGAGGCUCGAAACCGAUAUCAAUCAGGCGCAACAUAUUUCCAACAACACCCGGAUGCUUCAAAUCGUCCUGUUCAGAUUACACCUAUCCAGCGCUGUCCCGAACAGAUUACAUCUAAUCAAGAGGCAUCAUCUCAACUUACUGAUCAAACCGUGUCUACUCUAUCUUUCAUUUCCCAACCUCUAGAAUCAAGAGAGCACGAUACCUUGUGGCAACGGAUCAGAGCUAUACAAGCAUCCCUUAAAGAAAUCGAGGCAAUAAGAGAGCGCCACCAGACUCAGCGAAUUGGAGCUGCUAGGCAAGCAGUGAACGAGAACCGAAAUAACGAAGACGGUCAACCUCCUACAGCACAGACAUCUACAGCGGAAGCAGAACAUUCAACCUUGCGGCUCACAUCUCCUAAACCGCCAGUAUUUCAGGCAAUUUUAGAUCAACAGCUACGGCUAGACGAUGAACAGCGAAGUAGCAGCGGCUCUCAAGUAGAUCUAGCCGCUUUACAAGUCACUUAUAUGGAUUCUACUAUUACGAACGAUACUUUUACAAUCGCGACAUCUAGCUCUAUUCCACAUAUCACCCAUAAUGUCACAUCAAGUCCACCUAGUAGAGAUAAAAGACCUAUGGCGAGUAGAGAGAGUAGUGUCCAAAGCGAAGAGCCUCCAGCCCUAUCAACGCGAUCAAGAAAAAGAGCUCGAAUAGGCCAAUUGUGA